CUGUGGUAGAGGAGAUUCAGCAGGAAAAGUGUGUGAACUUGGAUAUGUCGCAGCGCUUAGAUGAUGUUGGUCUCUAUCAGGAUGGUGAUGUGAUCAUUGGAGCUCUCAUUAAUAUACACAACCUGCCGCCGACCCCUGACCUGACCUUCACCAAAAGAACUGAAAUAAAGCCGUGUACCGAGCUUCAAGAGCGUUCUAUGCGCUGGGUUCAAGCUGUGGUGUUUGCAGUCGAAGAAAUUAACCGCAAUCCCUUUCUAUUGCCUGGUAUUCAACUGGGAUAUCACAUACAAGAUAGCUGUUCCCGAUACCCCUACAGUCUAAGAUCAGCUUUGUCAAUGAUCAGUGGCGGAAACCAUACCUGCAGCAACACCAGACCUGCUAAACUCAUAAUUGGAGAUUCUGCUUCGACUCAAAGCAUUAUCCUGUCCACAACACUGCGUCCCCUGCAGAUCGCAAUGAUCAGCUAUCUGGCUAGCUGCCCGUGUCUCAGCAACAGACAAAAAUACCCCAAUUUCUUCCGCACUGUCCCCAGUGAUGCUUAUCAGGCACGCACGAUGGCUCAAAUGGUUAAACGCUUUGGCUGGACGUGGGUCGGAGCCAUGGUUGUUGAUAAUGACUACGGCCGUGGGGCAGUGCAGGUGUUUGAAGAGGAAAUUAAAGGGAUGGAAAUUUGCUUGGCUUUCUUUCACACCAUCUACAGGGAGCAGCUGGCCAAGGAUGUUGACCGUGCAGCGACGACGGUGCAAGCCUCAUCUGCCCGUGUGAUCCUUGUAUUUGCAUGGUACGCAGAUGUGGAGGCUUUUCUGUUGGAGUUGGUUCGUAGAAAUGUGACCGACAGGCUGUUUCUGGCCAGUGAGAUCUGGAGCACCAGUGGGCAUCUCUUGAGCAAUCCUCAGCUCUACACCAUCUCCAAGGGAACUCUCGGUGUGGCUUUAAGAUGUGCACACAUACCUGGCUUUGAUGCACAUCUCCGACAGCUACAUCCUUCCCGUUACCCUAAAGAUGCCCUGUUGAAGGCUUUGUGGCAGAAUAUAUUCACUUGUAGCCUUCAAAAGAACUCUUCCACAGGUUUUCAGAAGAGCCUCUCUCCCUGCAGCGGCACGGAGAGUCUGAAAGGAAUGAACCGUCAGUUUACAGACACCUCUUCCCUGAGAGUGACGUAUAAUGUGUACUUGGCUGUGUAUGCUGCUGCCCAUGCAGUGCAUUCUCUGUUGACCUGCACAACACAAAAUAACUCAGACCCUGAAAGAAAACCACAGUGUUCCUCUCUGGAUAGCAUCACUCCAGCACAGCUUUUACAGCACAUUGAACAAGUUAAUUUCACCACUCAGUUAGGAGAGAAGUUUUAUUUCCAGGAUGGAGGCAUCCCGCCUGUCUAUGAUCUGGUGAACUGGCAAAGAGCUCCUGAUGGUUCUCUCCAUUAUGUGACCAUCGGUAAAGUGGAGGGAAACCAGCUUAUCAUUAAUGAAUCUGCUAUUAUAUGGCCUGGAGACUCAGGAAAGGUGCCUGUAUCUGUUUGCACAGCUGAGUGUCCUCCUGGGACACGUAAGGCCAUUAAGAAAGGUUUGCCUGUGUGCUGCUUUGACUGUCUGCCCUGCACUGAUGGUGAAAUCAGCAACAUCACAGGUGCUGUGAAAUGUUAUCGCUGCCCCCCAGAGUUCUGGUCUAAUAGUUUCAGAAACGAAUGUGUGCCCAGAGAGACUGAGUUUCUCGCCUUUACAGAAACAAUGGGCAUCACAUUGUCAAGCGUGGCUGUUUCAGGUGCACUUAUGACAUCUACAGUGGCUGUUAUUUUCCUGUACCACAGAAACACUCCCAUUGUUAAGGCCAACAACUCUGAACUGAGCUUCCUGCUCUUGCUGUCACUCAAACUCUGCUUCUUGUGCUCGCUGGUGUUUGUAGGCCAGCCCUCGCUUUGGUCAUGCAGGUUACAACAGGCCGCGUUUGGGAUCAGUUUUGUCCUGUGCAUCUCCUGCAUUCUGGUCAAAACCAUUGUGGUUCUAGUUGCAUUUCGCUCGGCUAGACCUGGAUCCUCGGCUCUUAUAAAAUGGUUUGGACCCGGUCAGCAGAGAGGAAGUGUUUUGCUGUGCACCUGUGUUCAAGUGAUUAUCUGUGCCAUGUGGCUCUCCGUCAGUCCACCUUCACCUCGCCAUAACUAUGGAAUCCAGGGGUCAAAGGUCAUCCUGGAGUGCACGGUGGGAUCAGUUGCAGGAUUCGCCACUGUACUGGGCUACAUUGGCUUUUUGGCUUCUGUCUGCUUUUUGUUGGCUUUCUUUGCACGGAAGCUUCCGGAUAAUUUUAACGAGGCCAAGUUUAUUACAUUUAGUAUGUUGAUAUUUUGCGCUGUGUGGAUUGCAUUUGUGCCAGCGUAUGUCAGCUCUCCAGGGAGGUACAGCGUGGCUGUGGAGAUUUUUGCCAUCUUGGCCUCUAGUUUUGGACUUUUGGUUUGCAUAUUUGUCCCAAAAUGCUACAUUAUUUUGCUCAAGCCAGAAAACAACACUAAGAAGUUUCUUAUGGGAAAAACAUAA